AUGGGCGCCGACGCGGCGCGCCCUCCCUCACCUCCCUCCGGACCCGCUGGCGUAACGGAAGGGCUUAGCGUCGCCGGCGCGCAACCGAUGGGCGCGGCGACAGCUAACAGCACACUCAGGUAUGGAUUAACCGUAGAGACACCGAGGUCACCGUCCUACGACACGACAUUGCUAUGGCGAAGGGAUUUAGCCAAGCGGUUACGGCGUCGUUCCAGACCCACGCCGAUCCCAGCCAGACAUCCCAAGGCUGCCGUCAUAGACAGAACUACCGAGAAACGAAAGUCGCUGCAGGAAACUACCAAGGAGGUAAAUAAACCAAUUAUUAGAGCUCAGUCCGUCAGAUCACAUGCGAGCAGUCGCACUGUGAUAGAAGCGCAGCUGUCUCAGGCGGAGCUCGAGGCCAGCGAACGGCUAGCGGAGAUAUCCCGGAGGGAGUUGCAGCUAGAAGCGGACAUGGUACGUAAACGGCUAGACGCCAGAAAACUGCAGAUCCGCGCUAAUGCGGAUAGCGCAGACGAGCACGAAUCUGCUGGUAGCGUGCGGAAUUCGAAUCAAGAUCGAUUAGACGAAUGGCUAGAGAACUCGCGAGACGCGACGUCAAAACCCAUUUGUAAGAGGUUAACCGACGAACCUCUACCCAAAUACGAGACUCCGAGACGACCUGCGCAGGCGGAGCGGCAUAUUCGAGGCCUCUCACCGGACCGCCAGAGCCUGCUGGGGAUACUACUUCGAUUCCGUGAGUGGGAAUUCGCCGUCACCGCGGACAUACAGGAAAUGUUCCUUCAAAUACAGCUGCGAAGAGAGGAUCGGCAUAGUCAGCUCUUCAUCUGGAGGGGAUCGCGGCGUGACGUGACACCGUGGACGUACCAGCUAAACCGGGUAUGUUUCGGUAACAUCUCUUCUCCUUUUCUCGCACACUCGGUGCGGAAUAGGAAUGCGACGGACAACAAGGAUCGCUAUCCGGACGCGGUCUACGAUAUCCAUAAUAAUCACUACAUGGACGAUUAUGUGGCAUCAUAUGAGACAGAACGGGAACUCAUAUCAACAGCGACACAGGUGAGACUAGCACACGCGGAGGCUAGCUUUCGGCUGCGCAGCUACGCUAGCAACAGCGAGUUGUUAAUGCGAAACAUCGAUCCGGAGGAGCGAGCGACGGGACCUUCUCAUCUCGGAGAAAAGCAACAGACCGUCCUCGGAAUGACGUGGGACCCAGAGACGGAUACGCUGGGGUACAACACGAAAAUGCUACGAGUGCCAGACGACGUGAAAAGGUACGAGCGAUCGCCCACUAAAAGGGAACUUUUGAGUGCCGUAAUGUCAGUUUACGACCCAUUAGGCCUCAUAGCGCAGUAUAUGAUAAGCGCUAAGAUCAUAUUCCAACGUGUGUGGACAAAGGGCACGGACUGGGACGAGCGGCUGCCGGCGGAGGAAGCGGAGGACUUUUUCCGGUGGCUGAGGGCACUGAGCGACGUGUCCGCGCUGCGAAUACCCCGACGAUACGCCACGCCCACCGGUGCAGUUAGAAGAGAACUGCAUAUUUUCAGUGAUGCAUCGACCGAGGCCUACAGCGCGGCGGCCUAUUGGCGAGUAUCGAACGACGAGGAGGAAACGCAAGUGAGCUUAGCUAUAGCGAAAAGCCGAGUUUGCCCGCUAAAGGUAAUGACAGUUCCCAGGCUCGAAUUAACCGCAGCAGUCGUCGGCGUGCGGCUGGCGGAGACAAUUUUACGCGAGCAGCGUUAUCCUGUGACAAAGGUGACGUAUUGGACAGAUUCCAUGGUUGUUCUCGGAUGGGUUCGCGAUGACGCGCGGAACUAUCGUCCGUACGUGUCACACCGACUUGCGGAGAUCGCCGAGAAAACAGAUAGAGACGCGUGGAGGUAUGUACCAACCGCUCAGAACCCCGCAGAUCGAGCGACGAGAUGUCAACCAGCGCAGAGCGUGCGCAUCGAGGACGAGUGGUACGAGGGACCGCGCUUUCUCUAUGGACCCGAGACAUCAUGGCCUAGUCACACAUCGAAUCGAACAGACGACCUGCCUGAGAGGAAGGCGAGGCCGUCAACCGAGACGUCACUGGCGAUCAUCUCAGCGAAGCCAGACCCUUCGAGCGUACUGCCAGACGUGAGACGGUUUAGCAGUUACGACAGACUGUUGAACGCGACAGCGAACGUCUUGCUAUUCAUCGAGAAAAUGAGAACGAAGAAUAAAGCCUUGCAGCUACAAGUCAGACAUUUGAGAAAGGCAGAACACAUGUGGUUGCAAUACAGUCAACGACGAAGCUUUCCCGAAGAGCUUCGAGCCUUAAGCCAGAAUAGGCUCAUCGAUCGCAAAUCGCGAUUAUACGACCUGGCACCCGAGCUAGGCGAUGACGGCGUGUUACGCAUGAAGACGAGGCUGGGCAGCGCUCCAGUAUUGUACACCGCGCUACAACCGAUAAUACUGGAUGGCCGCGAGCCGUUCACCCGUCUACUCAUCCUGCGAGCUCACCGACGAUCAGCGCACAUUCACAACGAAGCAGUAAUCAACGAACUGCGACAAGAAUAUUGGAUACUACAUCUGCGGCCGACCGUGAAGUCUGUAGCUCGAAACUGCGCGCUAUGCACACUACGACGAGCAACACCGAGAGCGCAGCCCUUAGGCGAUCUCCCGCCCGAGCGACUACAGGCGUAUCAACGUCCCUUCACUCACACCGCACAAGACUACAUGGGACCGAUGUUCGUCACGAUCGGACGGCGCAGAGAAAAACGCUGGGUGUGUCUAUACACGUGCCUAGUGACGCGCGCUAUUCACCUUGAAAGCGUGCACAGUCUUUCAACCGACAGCGCGCUACUAUCACUACGAAGAUUCGCCGCGAGAAGAGGAUGGCCCAGGACGAUGUACAGCGAUAACGCGACGUGCUUCAGGGCGGCGGCGACGGAACUACGUGAGGCGUACCGGCAAUGGCUGCCUGUACUGCAAACUUACGCCACUCAGAACCGAAUGGAAUGGAAAUUCAUCCCACCUGGCAAUCCUUCGGCCGGGGGCGCGUGGGAGCGAAUGAUAAGGACAGUUAAGAUAGCGAUGUCCUACACCUUCAACGAACGAGCACCGAAACCCGAAGUUUUCGAAACUCUACUCGCCGAGAUAGAGAAUAUCGUCAACCGACGACCACUUACACAUGUCAACGUCGAUCCAGACUCCGAAGAAAGUUUGACUCCAGCACACUUUCUACUUCUUCAUAACGCUAACCUACCGAUGAUUGGCGUUUACGACGAGAACGAGAAGAAGCAAUGGAAGAUGGCCCAAGCGCUUGCCGACCACUUUUGGCGGCGCUGGACCAAAGAGUACUUUCCUCUACUGGCACCGAGGAAGUCGUCCCACGACGGAGGGCGGCAACUUCAACCAGGCGAUGUGGUCAUCGUCGCUGAACCCAAUGGUCCACGCAGCGUGUGGCCCCGAGGCGUCGUCGAGACUACCUACCCGGGACCCGAUGGACGGGUCCGCUCCGCUGACAUCAGAACGAGACACGGGACGCUACGCAGGCCCAGCUGCAGGCUGGCGGUCAUCGCGUCGCAACCCAUGCACCAGGAGUCUUCGACUGCGGGGACAAAAUGUUAG